AUGGACCAGUCGUCUCCAACCUACAUGCUUGCCAACCUAACGCACUUGCAUUCUGAGCAGCUUCUGCAAGGCUUGAACCUCCUUCGCCAGCACCACGAGCUCUGUGACAUUGUCCUCAGAGUCGGCGAUGUCAAGAUCCACGCCCACAAAGUGGUGCUUGCCAGCAUCAGCCCCUACUUCAAAGCCAUGUUCACCGGGAACCUUUCAGAGAAGGAGAACUCGGAGGUGGAGUUCCAGUGCAUCGACGAGGCGGCCCUGCAGGCCAUCGUGGAGUACGCCUACACCGGCACGGUGUUCAUCUCGCAGGACACCGUCGAGUCGCUUCUCCCGGCUGCGAAUCUCCUCCAGAUCAAGCUGGUGGUGAAGGAGUGUUGCGCGUUUCUGGAAAGCCAGCUCGACCCUGGCAACUGCAUCGGGAUUUCUCGUUUCGCAGAGACCUACGGCUGCCACGACCUCUACUUGGCUGCCAACAAGUACAUUUGCCAGAACUUCGAAGACGUUUGUCAGACGGAGGAGUUUUUUGAGCUUACGCAUUCUGAGUUGGAUGAAAUAGUUUCCAAUGACUGCUUGAACGUCGUGACGGAAGAAACCGUUUUCUACGCGCUGGAGUCCUGGAUCAAAUACGACGUGCAGGAGCGACAGAAGUACUUGGCGCAGCUGCUCCACUGUGUUCGGCUGCCGCUGCUGAGCGUGAAGUUCCUGACGAGGUUAUACGAAGCCAACCAUCUCAUUCGUGACGACCACACGUGUAAACAUCUCCUCAACGAGGCCCUGAAAUACCACUUUAUGCCUGAACACAGACUUUCCCACCAGACCAUGUUGAUGACACGGCCUCGCUGUGCUCCCAAAGUUCUUUGUGCUGUAGGAGGAAAAGCGGGGCUCUUUGCCUGUUUGGAAAGCGUCGAAAUGUAUUUUCCCCAGAACGACUCCUGGAUGGGCCUGGCACCUCUUAGCAUUCCCCGCUACGAAUUUGGAAUAUGUGUCCUAGACCAGAAAAUAUAUGUCGUGGGAGGGAUUGCAACCCACGUGUGUCAAGGCAUCAGCUACCGCAAGCACGAGAACUCGGUGGAGUGCUGGGACCCCGACACAAACACUUGGACAUCUCUCGAGAGGAUGUUUGAGAGCCAGAGCACGCUGGGAGUGGUCGUGCUGGAGGGAGAGCUCUACGCCUUGGGCGGCUACGACGGGCAGUCUUACUUACGAACUGUUGAGAAAUACAUCCCUAAAGUGAAGGAAUGGCAGCUGGUGGCCCCCAUGAACAAAACGAGAAGUUGUUUUGCUGCGGCCGUCCUGGACGGAAUGAUAUACGCCAUCGGGGGUUACGGCCCUGCCCACAUGAACAG